UCUGUCUUUUUCUGUAAGUAGCUGAAGCACAGAAAUCCACAUCAUGGAUUUUCAACAUCGUCCUGGAGGUAAAACUGGAAGUGGAGGCGUCGCCUCUGCCUCAGAAAGUAACCGAGACCGCAGGGAGAGGCUCCGGCAGCUGGCUUUGGAAACCAUCGACAUCAACAAGGACCCUUAUUUUAUGAAAAAUCACUUGGGCUCUUACGAAUGCAAGCUUUGCCUGACGCUGCACAACAAUGAGGGAAGUUACUUAGCACAUACCCAGGGGAAGAAGCAUCAGACCAAUCUGGCCCGUCGAGCUGCCAAGGAAGCUAAGGAAGCCCCUGCCCAGCCCGCUCCGGAGAAAGUCAAAGUGGAAGUGAAGAAAUUUGUGAAAAUUGGGCGUCCAGGUUAUAAAGUGACCAAACAGAGGGACCCAGAAACAGGCCAGCAGAGCCUUCUUUUCCAGAUCGAUUAUCCGGAGAUUGCAGAAAGUAUCAUGCCUCGGCAUCGGUUCAUGUCGGCCUACGAGCAGAGGAUCGAGCCCCCCGACAGACGCUGGCAAUACCUGUUGAUGGCAGCGGAGCCCUAUGAAACCAUAGCGUUCAAGGUGCCAAGCAGGGAAAUCGACAAAGCAGAGGGAAAGUUUUGGACCCACUGGAACAGGGAAACCAAACAG